UGCCCCAUCGUUGGUGUCAGCAGGAGGAAUAGUGCCCCAUCAUUAGUAUUAGUGGGAGGAAUAGUGCCCCAUCAUUGGUGUCAGUGGGAGGAACCGUGCCCCACCAUUGGUGUCAGUGGGAGGAACUGUGCCCCAUCAUUGUUGUCAGCGGGAGGAACAGUGCGCCAUCAUUGGUAUCAGUGGGAGGAAUCGUGUCCCAUCAUUGGUGUCAGUGGGAGGAACUGUGCGCCAUCAUUGGUAUCAGUGGGAGGAAUCGUGUCCCAUCAUUGGUGUCAGCGGGAGGAACUGUGCCCCACCAUUGGUGUCAUUGGCAGGAACAGCGCGCCAUCGUUGGUAUCAGCGGGAGGAAUC